AGUGCAGACAGUCUUCUGCAGGACACACAGAAAGAUACAGUCAGCCUGCUGGCAACUGGAGACAAUAGACUGCAGCUACAAGCCUUGGAGACUUAAAACAAAAGUCAGCGCUGUGUUUUCUGCAGUAGGAUGGGCUCCAGCAGCUCCAGCAUCGACAACAUCCCCAAUGCCCGAGAGAUCAUGCAGGAAACUGGCUUCUCUGCUGCCCACCUCCUGCGUCUGUAUGAGAGGUUUCAAUUUCUGGACAAAGACCAGACAGGAGAGCUCAGGCCUGAGGAUUUCGGAGCUCUUCGGGAGUUGGCCAUGAACCCCAUUGGAGACAGGAUCAUCGGUGCCUUCUUCUCUCCAGGACAGGAAAGAGUGGACUUUCCCUCCUUUGUCCGGGUUCUGGCUCAUUUUCGUCCCACCGACACAAACCGAACCAGAGGGACACAGCAGGACCCAGCCAACAGCAGCACCAGGAAACUCAAAUUUGCCUUCCAGUUGUAUGAUCAAGACAGAGAUGGAAAGAUUUCCAGAGCAGAGCUUCUUGAGGUGCUGCGGGCGAUGCUGGGGUUGCAAGUGACAGAGGAGCAGCUGCAGAGCAUCGCAGAGCGAGCCAUCCAAGAGGCUGACCUGGACAAAGACAAUGCCAUUUCCUUCGAUGAGUUCAGACAGUCUCUGGAGAAAGUGAACAUCGAUCACAAGAUGAGUAUUCGCUUCCUGAAAUAAAGACGAAACCUGCUAAGACUUUGGGAUUUUCCUGUUUACACUGAAAAGAAGAUGAGAUGAAAAUUCAGCUGGAGACAUGAAGAGGAACCAACAGAGAGAAGUUGAUCAGAUGGAAUUAAACAGAUGCUAUUCUUUAGCAUGGUUACUGAAUAAGUUAAUAUGCUGCUUCCAUUGGUUCAGACCAUUGGCAGCAGUAACACGUCCCUACAGGGCUUUUACCUCAAUGGAAAUGGAGGAUGAGGAGUUCAGAUGAAGGAAACUAAUGGAUGAGGUGGAUGGAGCAGGAACAAUUUCUCACCUAUCACCACAGAGACCUGGUAAUCAUUUCUUUAAGGGUAGGCAGAAACCUUUACAUACAACAUAUAAACAGAUCAAUAAACAAUAAAUUCUGUUGAACAAAAGUACAAAACUUAUAAACAAGGGUUAAACUGUGAUGAGAAAACAAAAAUGAAGUAGUAAAGUAACAUUAGUAACAACAAUUUGCUUUUUCAACAAAAAAGAUCAGAUUUUUGAUUUGAUUAUCAUCACCAUAUCAUCUAUAUACUAUGUAGCCACAGUUGUUAGCUGGUUGGCUGUGACGCCUGCACAGUGGGAACUGGAACUGGAUAACUGGAUGAACCUCCUACGUGAUUUGCCCUUCAGGUGAAGCUCAUUGGUGGACCUCAUGGACCCUGUUCUCCUGAAACUAACUACAAGUGCAAAUGCAAGUGCAAACAAUUAAGAUGGACAUCAGAGUAGUGCAACCCAAGCACAGUAGAUGAAUACGGAUUCUGCAAUAUGGCCAAUCACAUGAGUUAAUCUUGUCUUGCAGAUUGGACAUCAAGGUGUGUAUGAUGCACAUCCACAAGAAUACAAUUAUCUGUGUAACUUAAAAUUCUUCAUCCACCAUAUCUGUGAGGGGUCAUGCAGACUGUCCAUGUGCAGCCCAAAAUGUAUGACUGUGUGAACUAAUGACUUUCACCUACAGACACUAUAGUUAACUAUAUGCAUGACUGUCAUAACUUUUUGUUGUGAUUCAACUUUUUUGUGCUAAGUUCUACUAUUGAAUAAAGAGCUUAGUCUGUAUCAAUGUGAGUUUUUUUUUUUUUACUUUAUCUAUAAGCAGUUUCCUUCUCUAAAUCUUCAUGGUUGAACAUGAUUCCGUCUCCAGUGUGUCAUGAAGUCUCAUGACUGAAUGUUUGAAUUCCAUUUUCACCUCUGCAGACCAACGACAAGCUGAAUAUAUACCAUAUAAGCAUACAUUCAUGAACGUAUAUGUAUGACAUUUAUGUACAUGUAUGACAUUUAUGUCAAUACAUGAAAGUAUUCCAAUUUCUAAUAGGUUUCAUAUAUCAUUUUUACAUACGUUAUGUGCUUUUAUUUUAAAUGUACAUGUAUGUCAUAUAUGGAAAUUCAAUAUAUGAACAUGUAUUACAAUUGCAUAUGGGAACCUGCAUAUUAGUUGCUCUGACAUCAAAUUACAGUAUGCAGUUUGAAACACAUUUAACUAGGCAGCAUGACAGCAAGCAGUAAAAUGGAUAUUUUCCUUUUCGAAAUGAAGGAAUCUGAAACUGAAAAUACAAGCUGCAACUUAAAUUAAUUUAAUUAUCGAUUCCAGGUCAGUUGAUGGAUGAAUUCAGCACCUAUGGUAUGAAGGGAUAUGCUAUGUUUACUACUGUAUGCAUUGUAUGAUUAAAAAAGCAAAUCAGCCUUAAACUGAUGAUUAUGAUUGUUUAUGAACAUUGAUGACAUGUGAACAUUGAACAUUGUGACCCUGAUUGCCGUUUGAGAUUGCAGAAUGAUGUACAGGGACUGACAAGAAAGUACAAGUAUGACAUGUUUAGAUAACAGGUUCAGGUCAGAGUGGUGUGAGGAGAGAAGAGGCGGAGUGACCCUGUUACACAGAGAAUGUGUGUAUAAGAAUGAAUGUCUGAAACAAGAAAGUACUGCAUGCUGCUUAGACAGGCGAGACGAGAGCAGGGUGGUCCAGAGCUCUGUAAGCAAUCUCAAACUUAUAUGCUUGACUAUACUUUUAAUAAAUUAGACGUGUUGAACUUUA